ACUUGACUUGACUUGACUUGACUUGACCCUACAGUACCUGGGAAUAAACCUGAUUCGGAUUCGGAUUCGGAUUCGUAUUCGGAUUCAGUUCAGUGAGCUUGGCAAUGAACUUGAAAACAUGCCCUCGCCAAGAUGGCAGCAGAGAGUUGACGCGUCUGACGUAGAACAGUGACGUGGAAGUUGUGGAGUAAGAGGAAAUAACGCUAAGUGUGGAAAGAAACCACAGCUGGUGUCCCACUAUUGACUUUUUUUUUUUUUUUGUGCACUCUUACUUGGUUUGAAGGACAGAUUAAUGGAGCUUCCAGAAGAAAUCCUUGCACACAUUUUCUCUUUCCUGUCUCUGAAGGAUAAAUGCAAUGCCUUCCUGGUGUGUAAAACAUGGUCCAACAGCUUAACCUGCUCAAGUGCAUGGACUCACGCUGAGAUCAUGUGUGAUUCUAGAGACUGUGUUCCUCAGAGGUUCUCUGAUCGUCUACCAUGUAUUAGACAUUUAAAGCUGAUUGUCAGUGUGGAUGAACCUGCUCAUCGGCAGACUGGUCUGUGGGUUCUGCAACAGGUUCUAACCAGGGGUCAUGGCAGACUGCGCAGGUUAUGCAUCAGCUGCUUGGGGAACCCACCUCUGUUUUACGCAGGACAGGACCUGCUGCAGGGAUUGGUGGAUGUCUUGAGCAACGGUUCGUCCCUCAUGGUGCUGGACUUGAGGGGUGUUCCGUUCACCCUGAAUGACGACUGUAUCAAGUGUAUAGCUGCUCUCUGCCCCGCCUUGCAAAGUCUCUUCAUCAAUAACAGUUCGCUGGUGUGUGGAGUCGUCUCGGAGACAGUCAGGUACGUCCUGAAACGCUGUCCAUCGCUGAAUACUAUCGGGCUCUUCCAAGCCAGCAUAUCUCACGAUGUCCUCCGAGACCUCCUCGAACCCCAAAGAACAAAACUAAUGCUGCUGGAGUUGCGCUGCGAGCGCUCGCUGAAGUACGUCACACCGCUUAGCGAUCAAAUCUGGGCAGACGUGAAACGCAGGCAUCCCAGUCUAAGAGUAGACCUGGAGCUGGACCACACGCUUCCGGAGCUCCAGGUUCCCAGCGUUCUUCAGCCCAGCAUCCCUGUGAGACAGCUCCGCCUCCACACGUGGACCUGUCUGCUGGACGAGUUACGUCUUGUGGCUCAGAGUUACGCAGGAACGCUGGAGGUGCUGGAACUACAGACCACAGCUUCCUCCGAGCUCAACACGGUGCUGGUCUCCAUAGCAACGCAGUGCACAAAACUCUGUGAGGUUCAUUGUUACUGUGUGGUUUCGCAGAAUGUGAUAGAAGCCUUCUGCUCGUUGUGUCCUGACUUACACAGAUACACACUGAAAACACGUAAAGAGCUCCACCCCUGGACCUGCACCACUCUUAGAUAACACACACACACAUACACACAUUUGUACAAUUUACAUUGCUGCACUGCUGAAUACUGGAAACUGAUUGGUCAGUGGGUGUUUGUUAAUUCUCUAAAACAGCAGCUCUGAUAGUUAGUGGCACAAACAGCUUUACUGUGUGUAGCAAGGUAUUCAUAGUGUAUAUUAUGAUAUUUUAUAUUAUAAACUAGUUAAAUAUUUCUAAUUAUAUCGCUGAUAUCUAUGUUGGGGAGUUCCUUUUUGAUUCUUAUUCACAUUUGACUCAAGUUUGAGUCUUUUUGAAGUUUUUGUGCUUUUUCUGAUGGUUAAACACACUCUUGAAGGCAUAAAUGGAUUCAUUUUGCACCACUUUGUUACCCUUUGGACAUUUCUAGGUAGAAUUCAUUAGAAAGACAAAACCAUUAGCCAGCUUUUUAGACUUAGAGUCCGUCGUCCCCCCCGGCUUAAAUUAUUAGAUACAGAAAAUAUUUUAAAUGAAUGAACAAGAGCAUAUAAAUGGGGAUGCAAACCUCCGAUCGUCUUAAAGAAACGUUUAUGGAAUAUACACAGAAAACACUAUUGUAAUAUGAAUGAAACAUAAAUGUUUAUUAUUGUACAUAAACUUUAUAACGGACACGGUUUAUUAUUUAUUCACCCUGAAUCCACAGGGGUGAAAACUUAUGCACUUUUGUUACACUGUAACAUGCCGUUCUUGAUGUAUAAAGUGUCGAUUAAAGUCUUUCUUGUUCA